AUGCCCGUUGACCUGUUAGACGGCCUGAAGCGGUCACGAGCCGGUACCCGAGCAGCAGUCACUCGCACCGUCAAUCGACUACGUGAACCCCGGACGGGGGAGGUCUCCCUCGAAGAUGUUGAAGUCGACGUCGAGUAUUUAGUAGCGAGGAAGGCUGCGCUGCAAGACUUGGACAGUCAGAUCCUGGCGCUGACCGGCGAAGAGCAGUAUGACCAGGAAGUCCAAGGCACCCUGGAAUGCGAGCAAGAAUCAACCAGCCGUUCUGUUUCCUUGCCGAAGCUGCAAAUUCCAAAGUUCGGAGGGAAGUUGCAAGACUGGGCCAGGUUCUGGGAACACUUCCAGGCAGCGAUCCACAACAACGGUGCGCUAGCUACAGUGGAGAAGUUUAAGUAUCUCCUGUGUUACGUUACCGAUGAGGCCAAGCGCGCUAUUCAUGGGAUCAGCCUUAGUGGAGCGAAUUACCAGAUAGCUGUUGACGCCCUGAAGCAGCGGUUCGGACGAACCGAUCUCCUUGCAGCCGAGCACAUCGACAAGCUGUUGUCGCUCCGCGCAGUGCAAGGUUCUGGGGAGGUGACUCAGCUACGUCACUUGUUCGACGAAGUCUCGCGCCACACGAGGGCCCUGGAAUCACUGGAGAUUCCGCAGUCUGGCUAUGAUGUCGUGCUCUAUAGGGUUGCUACUCGCUGCCUUCCACCCGAUCUCUUCGUGCUGUUUCGGCAGAGAAGGAAGGAAUUGGCCUCUCCUAGCGAGAGCGGAACAGCGCCCUCCACAGAGUCUACUCGCAUGUCGCCCACUGCCGCGGAGGUUCAUGCACUGAUGGAUUUCCUACGCAUUCAAGUGGAAGCAAGGGAAGAAGUCGCUCUUCACCGGCCUCGGCAUACGCCUCCGGUCCACGCGGAAGACGAAGCGCCAGCCCCCUUUCCUUCGGCCGCAGCGCGGCCACCUGGUGUGCGCACAGACUCCACACGCCCUGAUGGAGAUCCACCAGCACCACCGUCCCAUCUCCCUUCGUGUGCCCUUUGCCGCGCGUGCGAUCACCACACGGCGACUUGUCCAGCGCCGCUCACACCCGAGGGAAAACGGCGAAGCCUCACGUCAGCGCGUCGAUGCUUCCGCUGUGCCAAGCGGAACCACUUGGCCCGUCAGUGUCGCUCUUCAGCUAGUCUCACGUGUACCAGAUGCCACGGACAACAUCUGACUGUGCUCUGCGACAUACAACCGAAACGAGAAGCGCUAGAGCGCACCGCCGGGAUCGUUGGAUCGGCUUCAUCAUCGCCAGCGCAGACACCUGAAAUCCAAGCCACCACCGCGUCAACCUCGUCUACUGUCACAUUUCUGCAGACCGCUGUGGUUCAGGUUGCCGGCCCUGGCGGAUCCGCGUCCGUGCGUAUUCUUCUCGACAACGGAAGUCAGAGAACAUUCAUCACCGAGGAACUCGCUCGGCGGCUUCGAUGCCCGGGAUUGGCAUCCGAAAACAUGUCGAUCUUUGCGUUUGGCUCCACGCAACCGUCCACGCAUCGCACAUACCAGAAGGUGUCCCUGCGUAUCGAUGGCUUACAUCAGUCGUUGGAAGUAGAGGCCAUCGCUAUACCACAGAUCUGCAGGUCGCUCAGCCCACCUGUGGAUGCCCGGAUCUUGCAAAUGCUACACGAUCGUGGUCUCUCUCCGGUCACAACGACUUGUCUAUCGCAGCACAUGCAGAUGCAUACCCAGUAUGCUGUAUGCAUACUGUAG